UAAUUCAUUCAAAGAUAACAUUGAGAGGUUCAUAUAUAAUUAAGUCUAUUGGAAUAGUAUACAUAUGGGGCAGUGUGGGGUAUUUUGGGGUACUAGUUUUGCUUUUCUAUUAUUUGUACUAGUGUUGUUUAGUGUGAAAGGAGGGCUAGCUUUUGAUGAUGAUAAUAAUCAGUGGGUGAUCUCUUCUUCUGAUACUAAUAUUAAUUACAAUUAUAAAGAUGCCCUAGACAAGGCUAUCUUGUUCUUUGAAGGGCAGAGGUCCGGGAAGUUGCCAACCAAUCAACGAGUUAAUUGGAGGGGAGAUUCUGCUCUCUCUGAUGGAAACCCUGAAAAAGUUGAUUUGGUGGGAGGAUACUAUGAUGCAGGUGAUAAUGUGAAGUUUGGAUGGCCCAUGGCGUUUUCUGUAAGCUUAUUGAGUUGGGCUGCAAUUGAGUAUAGGGCCCAAAUAUCUUCUGCCAACCAACUCAACCAUCUCCAAGAUGCAAUCCGCUGGGGAACUGACUUCAUUCUAAAGGCCCAUACUUCACCCACCACUCUAUAUACUCAGGUAGGAGAUGGAAAUGCUGAUCAUCAGUGUUGGGAGCGUCCCGAAGACAUGGACACCUCUAGAGGACUCUACAAAAUCACUUCUAGUUCUCCGGGCACUGAAGUGGCGGCCGAGGCAGCAGCCGCCCUUGCUGCCGCCUCAAUUGUUUUUAAAAAGGAUGAUUCCACUUACUCAUCAAGGCUAUUAAGCCACUCACAAUCACUGUUUGAAUUUGCAGACAAAUAUAGAGGAUCUUACCAAGCUUCUUGCCCUUUCUAUUGCUCUUACUCUGGCUAUCAGGAUGAGUUGUUAUGGGGGGCAACUUGGCUAUACAAGGCCACUGGGAACAACAAGUACUUGAACUAUGUUUCAACCAACAAAGGGUGGAGCCAAGCUGUUUCUGAAUUCAGCUGGGACAACAAGUUUGCUGGAGCCCAAGCAUUACUUGCCAAGGAAUUCUAUGGAGGAAAGAAGGAAUUGGAAAAGUACAAGAGUGAUAUUGAGUCCUUUGUUUGUGCUAUCAUGCCAGGGAGUAGCUCUCAACAAAUCAAAACCACUCCAGGGGGUCUAUUGUAUAUAAGAGAUAGCAGUAAUUUACAGUAUGUGACAACAUCAACCAUGGUGUUAUCUAUCUAUGCAAAUACCUUAAAUUCUGCUCAUGUUGGGAGUACUGUUCAAUGUGGCUCCACUAAAUUCUCACCUUCUCAAAUCACAGCCUUUGCAAAAUCACAGGUGGACUAUAUAUUAGGAAACAACCCUAUGAAAACAUCAUACAUGGUUGGAUUUGGGAACAAAUACCCAACUCAACUUCACCAUAGAGGCUCAUCCAUUCCUUCUUUGAGGACACACCAAGCAAAAGUGAGUUGCAAUGAAGGCCAAACUGUGUAUUUCCCAUCAACCAAGCCAAACCCAAAUGUUCAUGUGGGAGCUCUUGUUGGAGGCCCAAAUUCUAAUGACCAAUUCAAUGAUGUUAGAUCUGACUAUUCUCAUUUGGAGCCUUCUACUUAUAUCAAUGCUGCUUUUGUGGGCUCUGUUGCCCCUUUCAUAGCCCAAAACCACAUCCAACAACAACAACAAUCUUCUUUGGUCAUCAUGCAAAAAUCAAAUUAACUUAAUUUACAAAUUAUACUAUUAUAUAAUUAUAUGGUUGAUUAUGAUAUAUGUCAAGAUGGACUACUUAAGGAAUUGCCAACUAUUAUUAAUAGUACUAUUGUAGUGAAGGAAGAAAUUACUAUUAAGCUUUAUAAACUAGCUUAUGUUAUAUGUAUUGAUGUUAUAUAAUAGUGUAAAAAAUAAUUGUACGUAAUAAGUGAUUAAUAAUAUAUUAAUGUAUACUAGCUAUUUAUUUUCUCUA